GCUGUACCAGGACCAGAUGCUGGGGCUUCCAGCAGUGCAUCCUCUAGCCGCCAAUUGGAGGAACGCGUUGACCACGUAGUGGCAAUGCUAGGAGACAUAAGUGCCUUCACAGAGCCGGCCACCAUCAGCCAGCGGUUCGAGUUGCUGGACACUAAGAUCAGUCAGCAACAGCCGACCGACCACAGCCACAACAACAGCUCGGCAAGGCCAUACAAGAUGCCGNAGCAACAGCCGACCGACCACAGCCACAACAACAGCUCGGCAAGGCCAUACAAGAUGCCGACGUUCCGGAUCGAGAAAUUUGAUGACUACACACAUCAAGACCCGGUCGUCUGGUGGCAAGGAUUUACAACGGAGUUGGGGAUCCACGAGGUCCCUGACCAUCUGUUCAUCAGUGCUCUGUUCAUCAACACCAAGGGAGGAUGUCAGAUCUGGCUCAGCCACAUGGCAACCAUCCACGGCAUCCAGGUUUCAGACCUGCAUAAGAAGGUCUCCUGGGAGGAUAUGACAAAGGAAUGGAAGAAGCGGUUCAUAGUGGAUGACGCGCCUGCGCUCGCCAUCAACCGCAUCUUCGCGAAGGCUCAAGGGAGCACACCGACACGUGAUUGGCUCACGGAUUGGCAGAAGAUCGUGGCCACGCCCGAUAUGGACCUGCCAUUUUCGCAUCUGCGCCGUGAGUUCUACAACAGGUCAUGCGCCGCUCUGAGCCUCGCACUUGCUGAUCGCGAGUAGUACCACACUUUCGCAGAGAUCAUCAACAAGGCGAGAGAGAUCAUAAAGACCAACAGGGCGGCCGCACACGAAAAGUC